CCGAGCUGCGCCGGAGCAUGAGGUGAGCGGUCUGGGCUUGGAGCCCGCUUCGGGCCGGCACCGGGAAUUGAGAUGGUGACCUUGGUGAGGUGGCGGCCGCGGUGCCCUUGAUAGCUCGAAGGGGCAGAGAGUCGGUGGCGGUAUCCGCCCCCCGGGCUGCUCUCCGCCUCGCCCUGCCUGGGCGCGGAACCGUCGCGAGGUCACCCCCGCGCCGGGCUGCUGAGCCUCGGUCCCAGCACUGGGUGGAUCUUAUGGAGGCCAUUUGGAUUCUCAAGAAGACUUCUCAAAGUGGAAAACUGUAGAAUAACUGAAUCAGAAUCGUUGAUUCCACUAACUUGGACAUCACUGAUACAAAGGCUUAGCAGAGCACCUCGUAUUUUCUUGUUGGGUCAAAGAAAAAGAUUCUCAACCAUGCCUGAAACAGAAACAAAUCAGAGAGACUCUGAAUUGUUUUCACCACCCUCUGAUGUUAGAGGAAUGACAAAACUUGAUAGAACAGCUUUUAAAAAGACAGUCACCAUCCCGGUGCUUAAAGCGAGGAAAGAAAUUGUCAGUAAAUUGAUGCGAUCCCUUAAAAGGGCAGCACUGCAGCGCCCAGGAAUAAAACGUGUGAUUGAAGAUCCAGAAGAUGAAGAAAGUAGACUAAUUAUGUUGGAUCCCUAUAAAAUGUUUACUGAUGAUUCCUUUGAGAAAGCAGAACUCAGUAUUUUAAGGCAGCUUAAUGUCAACCCACAGAUAUCUAACUAUAAUUUGGAACUAACUUAUGAAAACUUUAAGUCAGAAGAAAUCUUGAGAGCUGUGCUUCCUGAAGGUCAAGAUGUGACUUCAGGGUUUAGCAGAGUUGGACAUAUUGCUCACCUGAACCUUCGAGAUCAUCAACUACCUUUCAAGCAUUUAAUUGGCCAAGUUAUGAUUGACAAAAAUCCAGGAAUCACUUCAGCAGUAAAUAAAAUCAAUAUUAUUGAUAAUACAUACCGAAAUUUCCAAAUGGAAGUGCUAUCUGGAGAGGAGAACAUGACGACAAAGGUUCGAGAAAACAACUACACCUAUGAAUUUGAUUUUUCAAAAGUCUAUUGGAAUCCUCGUCUCUCUACAGAACACAGCCGUAUCACCGAACUUCUCAAACCUGGGGAUGUCCUAUUUGAUGUUUUUGCCGGGGUUGGGCCCUUUGCCAUUCCAGUAGCAAAGAAAAACUGCACUGUAUUUGCCAAUGAUCUCAAUCCUGAAUCCCAUAAGUGGCUAUUGCACAAUUGUAAAUUAAAUAAAGUGGACCAAAAGGUGAAAGUCUUUAACCUGGAUGGGAAAGACUUCCUCCAAGGACCAGUCAGAGAAGAGUUAAUGCAGCAGCUGGGACCACUGUCAAAAGAAAGAAAACACUCUGUGCACAUUGUCAUGAACUUGCCAGCAAAGGCUAUCGAGUUUCUCAGUGCUUUCAAAUCGCUUUUAGAUGGGCAGCCAUGCAGCCAUGAACUCCUUCCCACAGUGCACUGUUACAGCUUUUCCAAAGAUGCUAACCCUGCUAAGGAUGUUCAGCGACGAGCUGGAGCUGUGUUAGGCAUUUCCUUGGAGGCAUGCAGUUCAGUUCACCUAGUGAGAAAUGUGGCCCCGAACAAGGAAAUGUUAUGCAUCACCUUUCAGAUUCCUGCUGCUAUACUAUACAAGAACCAGACCCUAAAUCUAGGUUUUCUGGAUUUGUUACAGAGAAUUAUGAAGAACCACCUCUUAAACGCCAGAGGACAGAUGAAUCCCUUUCAGAAGAAAAAACACAAAUUGCUUCAAUCACUUAAUUGAAAAUGUUU